AUGGACCGGCCUGCGCUCGAGAUCCCCUACCAGCUCCAAAAGAAGUUUGAAAAAACCGCAUCGCUCGAGAAGCUCAAAACCCUUCUCACCAAAUCCAAAAUGAAAAAAUCAUACACCUCCAUCAACAUCCCGGGUCAGACGUCGUCCAAGACGUCGCCCGACGGCCGCAUCGCGUCCGUCGACGUGGGCCUGAAGUUGGUUAUUGUCAUGGUAGGCCUCCCUGCCAGAGGAAAAUCCUACAUCACCAAUAAACUCACCAGAUAUCUCAACUGGUUGCAACAUGAUUGCCGGGUGUUCAAUGUCGGCAACACUCGGCGGUUGGACAUUGCCAACAACAACGGACCCGAAGAUAAGCCGUUACCCGAUACCCACACCCCCAAUAAUGAGAUAAACUCUCCCGAACACCAUGGAAACUCUCCCAAACUGCCUAACCACGACGCAGACUUCUUCAGCCCCGACAACCUGACAUAUACGGCUCUCCGGGAGAAGUGGGCAAUGGACACGCUCGACCAGUUGCUCGACUGGGUGUUGAACGGCAACGGGUCGGUGGGGGUGUUUGAUGCCACCAACUCCACCAAGAGAAGACGGCUGAGAGUCCUUAAACGGAUCCAAGAACGCUCCAACGGUGAGUUGAAGGUGUUGUUUCUUGAGUCCAUCUGCACGGACCCUGCCAUCAUUGAGAGCAAUAUCCGCUUGAAGCUUUCGGGCCCUGACUACAAAAACAUGGAUCCAGAAGUUGCACUUAAGGACUUUGUAGGACGGUUGCACAACUAUGAAAAGGCAUACGAGCCCAUUGACGAGGCAGAGGAGAAACUUCCUGGGUUUCAGUACGUCAAGAUGAUUGACGUGGGGAAGAAAGUGGUGAGUUACAAUGUUCAGGGCUUUUUGGCGUCGCAGACCAUCUAUUUCCUCUUGAACUUCAACUUGUGUGAGCGACAAAUCUGGAUCACUCGCCACGGUGAAAGCGUCGAUAACUUGAGUGGCCGCAUUGGAGGCAACUCGCCGUUGACCAAGCGUGGUCAUCGGUUCUCCAAGACGUUGGCUAAGUUCAUGAACUUCCAGAGACAAGAGUUCCGCAAGAAACAGCUCAAGCAGUUUUCCGACCGGCUUGAGCUCAAGUACAACGACUUGUUGAAGAAGGGACUUGGAGACUUCGACGAAGAUGACGAUACCCUCAACCAGAUCCCGUCCGAGCCCAAUUUCUACGUGUGGACGUCGAUGCUCACCCGAGCGAUCGAGACGGGAGAGUAUUUUGACGACCAGGUUUAUUCCAUCAAGGAAAUGCGCAUGUUGAACGAGCUUGGUGGUGGCAAGUUCGAGGGCUUGACCUACGAGGAGAUUCAGGGUAAGUACCCCAAGGAAUACCAGGCUCGAAUCCAGAAUAAACUCACAUACCGAUACCCGGGUGUGGGAGGAGAGAGCUACCUCGACGUGUUAACGAGACUCCGGCCACUUAUCACUGAGAUCGAACGCCUCACGGACCAUCUCUUGAUUGUCAGCCACCGAGUGGUUUUGCGGAUCCUUUUGGCAUACUUUUUGAAUUUGGAUCGUUCAGCCAUUGGUGAACUUGACGUACCGCUCCACACGUUGUACUGUUUGGAAAGCCGGCCUUAUGGAACAGAGUAUCAUAUGUACGAGUACGACGAGACCUUGGACUGGUUUGUGAAGGUGGAGCCUGACCACCAGAAAAAUGUCAAGCAGGUGGGAGUGUUAUACAAACAGAGAAAGUACUCGGUGGUGCCGACAGCCCCUCCGAGAAAUAAGCCCGAUGUGAUGAGUGUGCGGCGGACUCUGACAGUAGCGGGACGGGCGCCCCCACCGCUUCGCCGUAGCGCCAGUCAGGGGUUUCGUCAAUGA